AUGUCUUGCAGCAGCAGCAGCAGCAGCAGCAGCACCCAUAACGGCUGCAGCAAAAGAAGCAGCAAGGGAUCCCAGAGCUCUCUCAAAGACUUCUUCAGCCCCCAUAACGGGGCCCCCAGCAGGGCCCUAUUGGGGGCCCCGGGGGCCCCCGGGGCCCCCCAGGGGGGCCCCCCGGGGGCCCCCAAUGGGGGCCCCAAAGUGGGGCCCUCCUCAGAAAUCAUUGACCUCACAGAGGGCCCCAAGGAGGGGGGCCCCCCUGGCCAGGGGGCCCCCCAGCCCCAUUUGCUGCCAGCCCGGAAGCGGACUCUGCCGUGGGAGCAGCAGCGCGCUGCUGCAGCAGCAGCAGCAGCAGCAG